CGGCUGUCGCUCUAAGUCGGAAGUGGGAACCCUUUGGCCCCUGAGACUGUGAGGUGUCGUCGCUGCCGGCCCUUUAGGCCCCGCCCCUCCCCUUAGGUCUGGAUGGAGGAUAUCUUAAAGUGAAAUGACAGACCAGGAGAAUAACAACAACAUCUCAAGUAAUCCCUUUGCUGCUCUUUUUGGCUCCCUGGCCGAUGCCAAGCAGUUUGCCGCAAUCCAAAAAGAGCAGCUGAAGCAGCAAUCUGAUGAACUCCCAGCUAGCCCAGAUGACUCGGAUAAUAGUGUGUCAGAGAGCCUGGAUGAAUUUGAUUACUCUGUGGCUGAGAUCAGCCGCUCGUUCCGAUCACAUCAAGAAAUAUGUGAGCAACUCAACAUCAAUCACAUGAUCCAGAGGAUCUUCCUCAUUACUCUGGACAACAGUGAUCCAAGCUUGAAAAGUGGCAAUGGGAUCCCCAGCCGUUGUGUGUAUUUGGAAGAAAUGGCGCUGGAGCUGGAAGAUCAAGACUGGCUUGAUAUGAGCAAUAUUGAGCAGGCCAUCUUUGCCCGGUUAUUACUUCAAGAUCCAGGAAACCACUUGAUUAACAUGACUUCUUCUACAACAUUAAAUCUCUCUGCUGAUCGAGAUGCAGGGGAAAGGCACAUCUUUCGUUACCUUUACUCCUGCUUCCAAAGAGCUAAGGAAGAGAUUACCAAAGUUCCAGAGAAUCUGUUGCCCUUUGCAGUGCAGUGUAGGAACCUCACUGUGUCUAAUACCCGAACGGUUCUUCUCACCCCAGAGAUCUAUGUUGACCAAAACAUCCAUGAGCAACUGAUAGAUUUGAUGUUAGAAGCCAUCCAAGGAGCCCAUUUUGAAGAUGUAACUGAAUUUCUAGAAGAGGUCAUUGAAGCAUUGCUGUUGGAUGAGGAAGUUCGAACAUUUCCUGAAGUUAUGAUUCCAGUGUUCGAUGUUUUAUUGAACCGGAUAAAAGAUCUGGAGCUCUGCCAGAUCCUCUUGUAUGCAUAUCUGGAUAUUCUUCUGUAUUUCACUAGGCAAAAGGAUAUGGCUAAGGUUUUUGUAGAAUACAUUCAGCCCAAGGACCUUAACAAUGGGCAGAUGUAUCAGAAGACCUUGCUGGGAGUCAUUCUCAGUAUCUCCUGCUUGUUAAAGACUCCGGGUGUGGUAGAAAAUCAUGGCUACUUCCUGAACCCAUCUCGUUCCAGUCCUCAGGAGAUCAAAGUGCAGGAGGCCAACAUCCAUCAGUUCAUGGCUCAGUUCCAUGAAAAGAUCUACCAGAUGCUGAAGAACUUACUCCAGCUCUCUCCAGAAACCAAGCACUGUAUCUUAUCCUGGCUUGGGAACUGUUUGCAUGCAAAUGCAGGCCGCACCAAGAUUUGGGCCAAUCAGAUGCCAGAAAUCUUCUUCCAAAUGUAUGCCUCGGAUGCCUUCUUUCUGAAUCUGGGUGCUGCUCUUCUGAAGCUAUGCCAGCCAUUUUGCAAACCCAGAUCCUCCCGGCUCCUCACCUUUAAUCCCACUUACUGUGCCCUGAAGGAGUUGAAUGAUGAAGAACGAAAAACUAAAAAUGUACACAUGAGAGGCUUGGAUAAAGAAACCUGUUUGAUCCCAGCUGUACAGGAGCCAAAUUUUCCACAGAGCUACAACCUUGUAACAGAGAACCUUGCCCUGACAGAGUACACCUUGUAUUUGGGAUUUCACAGGUUGCAUGAUCAGAUGGUGAAAAUCAACCAAAAUCUGCAUCGGCUGCAAGUAGCCUGGCGGGAUGCUCAGCAGAGUUCUAGCCCUGCUGCUGAUAGUCUCCGGGAGCAGUUUGAACGACUGAUGACCAUCUAUCUUUCUACCAAGACGGCGAUGACUGAGCCACAGAUGCUACAAAACUGCCUAAAUUUGCAGGUGUCUAUGGCUGUUCUCCUGGUUCAGCUAGCCAUAGGCAAUGAGGGCUCACAGCCAAUAGAACUAACUUUUCCUUUGCCAGAUGGCUACAGUGCUUUGGCUUAUGUGCCAGAGUUUUUUGCAGAUAACCUGGGUGAUUUCCUCAUUUUUCUCCGUCGCUUUGCUGAUGACAUCUUGGAGACAUCUGCGGACUCCCUGGAGCAUGUCCUCCACUUCAUCACCAUUUUCACUGGAAGCAUAGAAAGAAUGAAGAAUCCCCACCUCAGGGCCAAGCUCGCUGAGGUGUUAGAAGCAGUGAUGCCUCACCUUGAUCAGACCCCAAGUCCCUUGGUAUCCAGUGUGUUCCACCGGAAACGUGUAUUCUGCAACUUUUCAUAUGCACCCCAACUUGCAGAAGCGCUAAUCAAGGUUUUUGUGGACAUUGAAUUUACAGGAGAUCCCCAUCAAUUUGAACAGAAGUUUAAUUACCGCCGUCCCAUGUAUCCCAUCCUGAGGUACAUGUGGGGGACAGAUAGCUACCGGGAGAGCAUUAAGGAUUUGGCUGACUAUGCCUCUAAGAAUUUAGAAGCCAUGAAUCCCCCACUUUUCCUUCGCUUUCUUAACCUGCUGAUGAAUGAUGCCAUAUUCCUUUUGGAUGAAGCUAUACAGUAUUUAAGCAAGAUAAAGAUUCAGCAGAUUGAGAAGGACCGAGGUGAAUGGGAUAGUCUAACACCAGAAGCCCGCCGUGAGAAAGAGGCUGGCCUACAGAUGUUUGGGCAGCUGGCACGUUUCCAUAACAUCAUGUCCAAUGAAACCAUUGGUACCCUUGCCUUCCUGACAUCAGAGAUCAAAUCACUGUUCGUACACCCAUUCCUGGCUGAGCGCAUCAUCUCCAUGCUGAACUACUUCCUACAGCACUUGGUUGGCCCCAAGAUGGGUGCUUUAAAAGUCAAGGACUUCAGUGAAUUUGACUUCAAGCCCCAGCAGCUCGUAUCAGAUAUCUGUACUAUCUACUUAAAUCUUGGGGAUGAGGAGAAUUUCUGUGCCACUGUGCCCAAAGAUGGACGUUCCUAUUCCCCAACUCUCUUUGCACAGACAGUUCGAGUCCUGAAGAAAAUAAAUAAGCCUGGGAAUAUGAUUGUGGCUUUCAGCAACUUGGCAGAGAGAAUCAAGUCUCUUGCAGACCUCCAACAACAGGAAGAGGAAACCUAUGCAGAUGCCUGUGACGAGUUCUUGGAUCCCAUCAUGAGCACACUGAUGUCUGACCCUGUGGUGCUGCCAUCAUCCAGAGUCACCGUGGACAGGUCCACCAUUGCCAGACACUUGCUCAGUGACCAAACAGAUCCUUUUAACCGUAGUCCCCUCACCAUGGACCAAAUCCGGCCAAACACCGAACUCAAAGAGAAAAUCCAGCAGUGGCUUGCUGAGAGGAAGCAACAACAAAAGGAGCAACUUGAAUAAAUACUGUGAACGAAACAAACCAAAAACCCACCCCAGAGUGUAGAUAGAACAACCACUUGUGGUUUUCUCUCUUUCUAGUUCUGUUCCUUUCCUUUAUCAGUUUUCUUCUUCUUUACUAAGUUAGAAAAGUGUUCUUGCUCAAAUUAUGAUAAUUAAGAUUCCCAAGAAUUUGUCUGUGUUCCCCCUGGCUUGCAGGAAGUUCUACUUCUUGUAGCAUCACUAAGUGUAGAAAUCAUUACUGAUUUUCAGUCUUUGUUCAUUCUCAUUCUUUCUUCUUCGGUUUCCUACCUUAAAUUAUAUUAAGUUCAACUACUGGAACUUUUUGCCACUUUAUCUUUCCCUUUCACAUACUGCUCAAAACAUUUUGGUGAGCACUGCUUUUAAGUCUACGAUGUCAAAUAGUUCAAUGACAACUUAUGUUAGAAAAUGCUGUGUUAUCCUGUGUAUUUACUAGUCCUGAUGAUACAGACUUAAAAUCCUAAUUAAGCCCUUGUCCUUAUUAUAGCUCUGUAAUAUUACAGAAUAGCUUUUCAUAUAAAAGUAAAUUCCUCCAUGUUUGUGUAGAUUUUUGAAUGAAAGGUGAGGUUUU